AUGGUGGGGCCGUUAGGGCAGUACCGCCCUGGAUUCCUCCAAACCGAACCGUCAUCCUCCUUUCCCGCCGCAUUCCCCGUCGAGAUCGAGUGGGGAUUGGGCAACGAGCUUCUGAUCUGCGCUCCGGCCGCAUAUGUCGCCGCGUCCGACGGCGCGUUUCAAGGAAGGUCGGACGACCGGCAUGAUGACGUGGCGGGACGCGGGUCGGCAAUUGUCAGCGUGACGUGGGCGGACACGUCAUCGUUCCACCGGCAGAUCGCAGCGGGGGCGUCGUCGUUGUACGGACGACUGCAGGCGGCGAUUGCGGCGGAAAUGGCGGAGGAAGCGGAAGACGCGGAAAUCGACGAGCGGCGCGAGAGAUGGCGACACGUCAGCAGGUGGUCUCGCCACGUCAGCAGGCUCCUCUCUCCACCGUCCUCCCAGUCCACGCUGGCAGCUGCGCGCGCCUCGCCCCACUCCCUCGGGAUCUCCGCCGCUGACCCGUUUGCAGCGAUAGAUGUUGAAGAGAGGGAGGAAUGGGGGGACGAGCCUACCAACCAGUCUCUGCCACGUGGCAUCACCCAGGGUGAGCUGGCAGCGGUCUGGGACCUCCUCCGCCUCUGCUUCCUCCCCGACCACACACCUGGCUCUGCUGACGUGGACAAUGACAUGGACACUCGCAUGGGUGGCAGUGCUGACGUGGACAGUGCAUUCAGGGGAGCAAGAGGAGGAGUAGGGGCAAUACAACGCGUUGCUACCUCCUUGCAACACGUCCACGUCAGCAUGCCUCCGGUCCUUGCGGGAUCAAAUGAGCCAAUCAGAGGUGAGCCAAUUAGAGGUGGCCUAUCAGAGGUGAGCCAAUCAGAGGUGAGCCAAUCAGAGUCCCUUGACAUGCUUUCCGUUUUCCCUCCUCUCGCCCCACUUCGUCCCUUACUCUCCCUCCUCUUUUCCCCCUCCUCUCCCUCCUCUCUCUCCUCUUCUCCCUCCUCUCCCCUCUUGUCAUCUCCCAUCUCCCACCAGGCCAUUCCUCCAGAGGUUCUUGAGCCCUAUUGGCCGGCUGUGGCUUCCUGCGCUGCGAUUGGCUGGAGAGACACGGCGUGCUACUCGCAGAAAUGCCAAUCCUCCUCCUUCACGCCCCUCCCAUCCCGCUCCCCACCAUAUCCCUGCCCCUCCCCACUCCCCCCUCAUCUCUCCCAGACGGCUCUGCUCCACAUGCACUCAUCCUAUCGUGGGGAUAAGGUUAUCCAAAGAGAGGCGGAGAACGGGCUGGUGGAGGCCGUGGCAGUGGCAGUGCCGCUGGCGGAGAGGAGAUGGUGGGGAGCGGGAGGAGAUUUUGACAUGAUUCAUCCCCUCCUUUCCCACUCCUCCCCCUUCGCCUUCUCCUGCUCCCCCGGACGGCCCUACUGCACAGCUCUGCUCCGAUGUCACUCAUCCUACCGCGAGGACCAGGUUAUUCAGAGGGAGGCGGAGUACGGGCUGGUGGAAGCAGCGGCAGUGCUGUUGUCUGGCGGAGAUACGGCUCUGCUCCGUUGUCACUCAUCAUACCGCGAGGACCAGGUCAUUCAGAGGGAAGCGGAGAACGGGCUGGUGGAGGCCGUGGCAGUGCUGCUCGCAGAAAUGCCGAUGCCGCUUGAGCCAAUGGCGGCGCACGACGCUGCUGAGGUGUCGGCGUAUUACAGGCAUCGUGACCAUUGGCGCAACCGUCUCGCACGCCUCAAGGCAAGCCCUUUUUGGGCGGCGGCAGAUGCGCCGGCCACCGAGAGGGCGCUGCUCGCCCUGCUCGACCUGCUGUUGGGGAGCUCCCGGGCCGUUGAUGACGUGGCGCGCUCCCAUUGGCUGGAGCUGCUGGGGGCGCGGCUGUUGCACCAGAACCCGCAGGCGACAGCAGCAGUACAGGCGUCGCUCGCACUGCAAUGCUGGCGGGAAGCAGCAGCGGGCGGCGGUGGGAAGAGCGGUGGGGCAUCUCAGCCGUUGGAUGCUUCGGAUCUCGUCCAGCCGUCGCUGGAUCGGCUCAUGCUUGCGUCCUUGUGCCGUGAAACAGAGGUUGUGGUGUCCAUAGCAUCUCGACUCCUCCCUUCCUGGUUCCUAGUGCAAGUGAUUGAGCUUCUCUCACUUCCCUCGCCGUCCCUCUCCGCACUACCAGCCAAACAAGCCGCUGCAGCUGCCGCCCAAAAUGCUGCCUCUGCCGCCCGGGAGCCAUCCACAGCAGAUGGUGCUGACAUCAGCGGCCUGUCUGUUCUGGAUCUCUGCCGGGUGAACUACGCCAUGGACCUCCUAUCAGAUGCUGCCACGUGGCAGCUCGCCCUCCCCUACCUCGCCCCAUGCCCACCAAGAGAACCCUUCAUAGAGCAAGCCCUGUUGUGCCAGCCAGUCACAGUCACCACACACACCAGCAUCUCAAAGACACUCUUCCUCCUCGACUCAUACGCCCCUGCCUGCUACCCCUCUGCUGCCGCCUUCCUCUCACGAUCUGCUGCAAUGGCAUGUUGGGACUCUAGAAGCCUCGCCACGUCGCGCCAUGUGGCGAGCGUCUAUUGGAUGGCAGCGGCCGGUGCACCAGCAGCAGCGCCUAUGGACGCGCUUAUCCUUUUCCUCGCAGACGAGCUGCUGGUGCCAGCCAUCAGGGGGAGGCUGCAUCUGGUGCAGGGCGCACCUGGCUCAGGUUCAGGUGGUGCCAAAGAGGGAGCAACAGCAGGUGCAGCAAGAGCAGCAGCGGCGCUGGAUGCUCUGAGGAAUAGCAGUGGGUCGACCGGACAGAGUCACUCGGCUCUUGAAUACUUGCUCUCUGUAUGGGAGCUGGUCAAAGAGCUGACUGGUGGAUCAAACAGCCCAGUGUCGCCCUUUUUUCCUGCCACCACUGCUACUGCUACUCCCGAGCCAAUCCAACAAAGCCACCAGGCGGACCGGCUAGUGCAGGCCAUGCUCCACACCUCAUCACAUUACCCUCGCGUCUUCCUCUCUCUGUCUCAUCUCAUGGCUCAUGUGCUUCAGAAUCGCUCCCUACCGUUCAAAGAGGCCCACAUCUCUGCGCUCAUUAGCUGCUUGCAGCACUUCUCCCCAGACUCACUCUCACAACAGCGCUCUGGCUUUAAGAAUGCUCCCACUCUCACUGCCCGUAGCUUGCCUGACGCGGACAGCCAAGGAGGCAUGGGGCAGGCAUCGCUGUGGGAUCAUUUGAAUAGCCUCAAAUUGGCACUGGCCAAGGAGUUGAGUGCCAAGAUCAUGUUCCUCUGA